AUGUCAGAGGCAGCUCGAUGGAAAGCCACUGUCUAUGUAGGCGGACUAUCUCAAAUGGCAACUCAGAGUCAUGUCCUCGACGCUUUCAUCCCAUUCGGUGAGAUAGUCGAGGUCAAGGUACCAAAACCCGAUGCGCCAAACUCUACAGAGGCACACAGAGGAUUCGCCUAUGUCGAGUUCGAAGACGCAGCUGAUGCGAAGGAGGCUAUUGAUAACAUGGAUCAAUCGGAGUUUUUCGGAAAGGUCCUCAAGGUAUCACAGGCCAAGACACCUAAAAGCGCAGAGGAUGGGCUUGGUAGCAAAACAGCUAUUUGGGAGAAGGAAGGAUGGUUGGCCGAGCAUGCGGCAGAUGACGAAGAAGCAGUGUCAGGUGCUGGCCCUGACCCCAUGCAAGGAUUGGAACAACUCGACGUUGCAGGACCAAAACCUGAAUGA